AUACAUACAUGAAUUUGUAGCUAUAUAUAAUCUUAAUAUAUAUAUACACUUGAACUCAAAGUUAGGGUUUGAUUAUGAUGGCGCAAUCAUCAUCAUCAUCACCACCACACAGAGUUCGAUCGGUCGGAGAUUACUUAGUCGGAAAACAGUUAGGAUCAGGCUCGUUCUCAGUGGUGUGGCACGCCAAGCAUAAAAUCCAUGGAACUCAAGUUGCUAUCAAGGAAAUUCUUCUCGGAAAAAUGAAUAAUAAGAAGUUAGAAGAGAGUUUGAUGUCUGAGAUUGAUAUUCUGAAAAAUAUUAAUCAUCCGAAUAUCAUCCGGCUUCUCGAUAUGAUCAAAGAGCCUGGCAAGAUAUAUCUGGUGCUGGAAUACUGCAGAGGAGGUGAUUUAUCUGUGUUCAUACAAAAGCGUCAUGGUAGAAUCCCCAAGUCAACGUCAGUGCACUUCAUGCAGCAGUUAGCUGCUGGUUUGAAAGUCCUUCGUGAUAAUCAAAUUAUCCAUAGAGAUCUAAAACCACAGAAUCUCUUACUUUUCACGAAUGAGGACAAUUCAACAUUGAAGAUUGCAGAUUUUGGCUUUGCAAGGUCUUUGCACCGAGGUCUUGCUGAAACUUUAUGUGGUUCGCCACUUUAUAUGGCACCGGAGAUAAUGCAACUUCAUAAGUAUGACGCUAAGGCAGAUUUAUGGAGUGUUGGUGCUAUUUUAUUUCAACUUGUAACCGGGAGAACACCAUUUACUGGAAACACUCAGUUUCAGCUACUCCAAAACAUCCUGAAAUCAACUGAAUUACAGUUUCCUCCUGAUGCGAGGGACCUAAGCCCCGACUGCAUGGAUCUGUGUCGUAAAUUACUGCGACAAAAUCCAGUGGAAAGGCUGACUUUUGAGGAGUUCUUCACACACCCGUUUUUCAGCCAAACUAAACCUGAUGAAUUGCCAAGAGAUAGGAGGCCACGAAGAACAGAUGGUUUUUCUUUUUCUAAAAGCCCAACAUUUAAGAACAGAGAAGAUAAUAGUCAGGAUGAUAAUUUACCAUUUACUCUAGAUGAUGAUUCCAAUGUUCCUGAUGAGAAUACUUCUUUUGUUCGGAAAGUGCCUCUCAAAUCUACAUAUGGGUUUUCCCUAGAUACCAAAACUACUAGAAGAGACCCGUCGAAAGACAUGGAGAUUUCUUCCAGAUAUAGCAGUUUUAGACACAAACCGGAUAUUAAUGGUUUUGCACCUGUAAAUCGUAGAUCAUCAGAAGGAAACCUGAAAGAAUCUUUGAGAUCAAAUGACCACAAACAAGUAGAAACGCGUUCCAGAGUAGUGGACUCAUUGGAGUUGAUUGAUCAGGAUUAUGUUAUUGUAUCUGGUCCACUGGGGGAUACAUCUUCCCUGGCUAGUGUACCUAAGGUGGGCCAGUUAGCUUCCAAAUCACCUUCUAGGAAUAUUCACUCAACAUCUAGUGCACCUUUGCCCAUCAUUGGUGGUGUCGCUAGUAAAGUCGGCUGCGCUGGUAGCUUUGAAAGUCAAUGCUCUGCACCCUCUGGGACUUCUCAUGGAUCAGUUGAUAUAAUUGAUGCUUCUGAACAGCCAUCAACUGACAGCAUAACAAGAAUCAAGUCAUUGCAGGAUUGUGCAUCCGCCAUCUCUGAGUUGGUCAAUGACAAGAUUGAGGCCGGACACCGACUAGAAGCAUUUUCAAUUCAGCUUGUGAUCCUUGCUAUAUGGAAGCAAGCAUUGGAUAUAUGUCAUACACAAGCUGCUUCAGCCAUCAAAGGAAGUCCAACCCAAGAAGUAGCAACUUUGAACACGACGACCACCAGUAGAGGACUUAACAGUCCUGAUAUUCAAGAAUGCCUGGGAACUGCCAAGUCUCCCCAGGAUGUUUGCUGUCAUAUUGAGAGAAUAUUUCUCAGUGAGGUUGAAAAUGCUGAGGAACUUGCCAAAGUUAUAGAACCUGGAAAUGUCGGGAUGCCAGACGCAAUGGAAGCAAUAUUUCAGGCUGCCCUCAGUCUUGGCCGACAUGGAGCGGUCGAUGAGUACAUGGGUUUUACUGAAAAUGCAGCAACAUUUUAUUCAAAAGCAGUGCGACUGCUACGUUUUCUUCUAGUGGAAGCACCUUCACUCAUUCUUAAUCCUCCAUUCUCUAUCACAAACUCAGACCGUUAUAGGCUUAGAACAUAUAUUGAUGUUCUUAACAACAGACAAAGCCAUUCAAGAUCCCAACGGAUUACACUCCUCAAGGGUGGUGGUGAUUACCAUUCGCCAUCAACUUGAACUGUAUAUUUACCAUGCUUUGUAAAAUUCUUUGUUGUACAGCUAUUCUUUAUGUGCCUGGGAUUUAAACUUGGUUUCUGCCCCUAUGUGGGCUUGGUGGGGGGUUCAUAUUCAACAGGUUUAGACUGAUAGCCGAAACAGGCAGGAAAGGCAGAAAAAAAAAAUGAAAGAAAAGAAAAUUACAAAAAGAUGGAAUUUGGGAGCCUGAACAAUUGGUUUCGAUUUGCAUGUAGUCUAUGUUCAAGUAGUUUCUAACUUCUAAUUAACCUGUUAUCAUA